AUGAACAAAGACAAGACAGCAACUCCAGUUACUUUCUGGUUAGGUUUCUUCACUGUUUCAGUUAGUUACUCUCAUAUCAUUAAGUUUUCGGUUCGGUCCAAAACUUUUGAUAAACCAAGUCACUUUAAGAUGGCUGUGAUUUCUCGUCAUCGCUUUAGUUACAUAAGACUACUCGUCUUCCCUCUCAUUGACUCCUACCAAAAUAUCUUCAACCGUUAUUCUUCCCCAUCUCUUUCAACCGCUUGCAAAAUGGUGCUUGAGAGCUCUGUUGCUCUGUCACCUAGAAGGAGACACGGAUUGUUACGAGAUCAAGUUCAGCUUAUCAAAAGAAAAGACUCUGGAAGAUACGAGAUUGUUCCUAUUGAGGAUCCUUUGUCUUUUGAGAAAGGCUUCUACGCUGUGAUCCGUGCUUGUCAGCUGUUGGCUCAGAAGAACGAUGGGCUUAUCUUGGUUGGUUUAGCUGGUCCUUCUGGAGCUGGGAAGACUGUUUUUACUGAGAAGAUUCUUAACUUUAUGCCUAGUAUUGCUAUUAUAAAUAUGGAUAAUUAUAAUGAUGGGAGUCGUGUGAUUGAUGGGAACUUUGAUGAUCCAAGGUUGACUGAUUAUGAUACACUUCUUGAUAAUUUACAUGGGUUAAAGGAUGGGAAGUCUGUUCAGGUUCCAUUAUAUGACUUCAAGUCAAGUUCCAGAAUUGGUUACAGAACGCUUGAAGUGCCUAGCUCUCGCAUUGUUAUUCUUGAAGGCAUAUACGCUUUGAGUGAGAAGCUAAGGCCGUUUCUAGACCUUCGUGUCUCUGUCACUGGUGGAGUGCAUUUUGAUCUUGUCAAGCGUGUUUUGCGUGACAUUCAACGUGCUGGUCAGGAGCCUGAAGAAAUCAUUCAUCAGAUAUCUGAGACGGUUUAUCCUAUGUACAAGGCGUUUAUUGAACCAGACUUGAAGACAGCUCAUAUCAAGAUCCAAAACAAGUUUAACCCCUUCAGUGGCUUUCAGAAUCCAACAUAUAUUCUAAAGGUUACAACGUUAUUAUUUCUAAAAUGUGUAUAUUGUGGCGCUCUUAUGUUAUCUGCAACUGAAAGUACUAUAUUAGUGAGUUUUGUUAUCUUAUUGUUUAGUCAACGAAGGCUGUAA